UUGCUGUUGAUCAAUGCGAACUGCACAUUUCAGCACUUCCGUUUCUCAAGUCACGGACCUCCAUUUUAUUGCACUUUAUUCUUUUUUUUAAUUUUUGUUUUGAGAAAGCGGCAGCAUUGAUGAUGUUCUUUCGGAAUGGAAAGCGAAAGGGGAGCGGUUAGCAGGCUGCCUGGAGCUGUAUCUGGGAGAUGUGAAUAUCCCAGUCUCCCUGUUUACUGGCAGCUUGGCCAUUCUCAAUAAUUCGGGCUGAGUCAGAAACUCACUGCACGGACAUGGAAAUGUGUCAGCCACGGGAGUGUCUGCAACACUGAAGACACGGAAAAUGCCAGUCCAAGCGUGAAACUGUUUCAGCAGAAAGCCAAAUGGAUGGUGAUGAUACCAGGGGAUUUGACAACUCGUGUCUCCUUCUAACAAAGUAAGCAGCCAGUAUCCUUCGAACUGAACAACGAGUGGAUCUUCGUCAGUUGGUGGUGAGGAACCCUACUGCAUGUCCCUGAAUCAAAUCACAGGACUAACCCAACGCAACAGUUUCCUCCAGAUACACCAACAGUGAAAACAGGAGAAUUGUAGCUGAUAAUUGACCAAAAUGCCUCCCGGAAUACAUUACAAUCAGGAUUUUUGGACUGAAGAUGAGAGCCCAGAUGUGGAGGUUGAAUUUCUGUUGCCGACGGGGAUUUACUUAAACUUCUUUGUGCCUCGUAGUUCUACAAUCAAAUACAUCAAAAAGCUACUUUGGCAGCAGGCUCAACAUCAACCCCUCUUCCAUACUUUAAAUAAGCCAGAUGCCUACGUCUUCACCUGCAUCAACCACACAGCGGAACAGGAGGAACUUGAAGAUGAACACAGGCGCCUCUGUGACGUACGGCCAUUCCUCCCAAUCCUGAAACUUGUAGCAAGAGAAGGAGACCGUGAGGAAAAGCUCAUUAAUUCACAGAUAAGCCUUCUGAUUGGAAAAGGUCUCCAUGAGUUUGACAGUCUGCACGAUUCUGAGGUGAAUGAGUUUCGUGGGAACAUGCGCCAGUUUUGUGAGGAGAGAGCAGAAGAGAGGCAACGACUCUCAUGGCAGCAAUGGAUGGAAUACAGUUUUCCCAGAGACCUGGAGCCUAUCCCAGAAGUAGCAGAUAACAGCAUUACCAGGAAGCACAGCAACCGAAACAUUGUUAUAAAUGUGAAAUUUCAAUACACUGAAGAAAGUUUCAGCUUCCAGAUUUCCUCCCAGGCGCCUCCUGCACUCCUAAUGAAAUUAGCUGUGAAGAAGAAAGCGACAGUUUUCCGGCAUAAAGUGGUUGAUGAUGCAGACGAUUACACGCUCCAGGUGAACGGGACGGAAGAUUACAUCUACGGAAACUACCCCCUCAGCCGCUUCAAGUAUAUCUGUAAUUGUGUGUCCAGCAACCUGACUCCGCACUUGACGAUGGUCCAUUAUUCCACAAUCAAAUCCUGCCAGGAUGAGCAGUUCAGCAGCCUGGGACAAGUUACAAAGAGCCGCCCCCACUCGAAACCACCGCCACUUCCAAUUAAAAAGCAAUUUGGAACCAGUCUGUGGAAUUUGGAGAAACCGUUUACGAUCACUUUAAUUUCAGGGAGCAAAGUAAACGCAGAUGAAGGAAUGAAGCUCGUCGUUCAGGCUGGGUUGUUUCAUGGCAGUGAGAUGCUCUGUAAGACAGUGUACAGCCAUGAAGUUAACAUGUGCUCCGAGCCCCUGUGGAACCAGAGUCUGGAGUUUGACAUCAACAUCUGUGACCUCCCAAGGAUGACGCGGCUCUGCUUCGCUCUGUAUGCCGUGAUUGAAAAGGCUAAAAAGGCUCGAUCUACCAAGAAGAAAUCAAAAAAAGCGGAUUGUCCAAUCGCUUGGGUGAACACCAUGGUGUUUGACUACAAGGACCAGCUGAAGACGGGAGAGACGUGGCUGUACACCUGGCCAUCGGUACCCGAUGACAAGGGAGAACUGCUGAACCCCAUGGGCACUGUACAGAGCAACCCGAACACCGAUAGUUCUGCGGCCCUACAUAUCAAUUUCCACAGUGCCACAUCCCACCCUAUCUACUACCCAUCCUUUGAAAAAAUUCUCGAGUUGGGUAAGAAUGGAGAUCGUGUAAAAGCAUCACAGGCUGAGCAACAACAGUUGAAGGAGAUUAUGGAACGUAAAGCAUGCACCGAAUUCUUUGAGGAUGAGAAGGAUCUGGUAUGGAAGCUAAGGUAUGAAGUGCGUGAGCAUUUCCCCGACGCCCUCGCUAAGCUGCUGUCUAUAACCAAGUGGAAUAAACACGAAGAUGUUGCGCAGAUGAUCUAUCUCCUGCAGUCAUGGAAAGAACUGCCCACACUAAACGCCCUGGAACUUUUGGACUAUAGCUUCCCCAGUCGCUAUGUCCGCUCACUGGCAAUAAACUGUUUAAAAAAGCUGAGUGAGGAAGAGCUAUUGCAGUAUCUACUGCAGUUAGUGCAAGUACUGAAGUAUGAGCCCUACCUGGAUUCUGAACUAGCCAAGUUCCUAUUGGACAGAGCUUUAAGCAAUAAAAGGAUUGGACACUUCCUGUUCUGGCAUCUCAGGUCGGAAAUGCAUUUCCCAGCAGUAUCACUGCGGUUUGGAUUAAUUCUGGAAUCAUAUUGCCGAGGGACAAACUACCACAUGAAGUCUUUGCUGAAACAGUGUGAAGCAUUGAAGAAAAUGAAGGCCCUAAAUGAUUUUGUAAAGUCCAGCUCCCAGAAGACAACCAAACCCAAAACUAAAGAAGCCAUGCAUCUGUUUAUGAGACAAGACACUUACAAGGAAGCUCUUUCUAACCUCUACUCACCCCUGAACCCCAGUAUCCUCCUCACAGAACUCUGGGUGGAGAAGUGCAAGUUCAUGGAUUCCAAAAUGAAACCCCUGUGGAUUGUUCACAGAAAUCAGCGAUAUGAUGGGAAUCCCAUGGGCAUUAUUUUCAAGAAUGGAGACGAUCUACGUCAGGACAUGCUGACUAUUCAAAUGAUUCAGCUAAUGGAUGUUCUGUGGAAAAAGCAGGGCCUGGAUUAUAGGAUGAUUCCUUAUGCCUGCCUUUCCACUGGAGACAAGACUGGGGUGAUCGAGGUGGUUUCACACGCAGAAACAAUCGCAAAUAUCCAGCUCAAUAAAAGCAACAUGGCAGCUACUGCGGCUUUUAACAAGGAUGCUCUGCUCAACUGGUUAAAGUCGAAGAACCCCGGGGAAGCACUAGAUCGAGCCAUUGAGGAGUUCACUCUCUCGUGUGCUGGCUACUGUGUAGCUACUUACGUGCUCGGAAUUGGAGACCGACACAGUGACAACAUUAUGAUCAGGGAAAAUGGACAGCUCUUCCACAUAGAUUUUGGACACUUCCUUGGAAACUUUAAGAGCAAGUUUGGGAUCAACAGAGAGCGUGUGCCGUUCAUUUUAACGCAUGACUUUGUUCAUGUGAUACAGCAAGGAAAGACCAACAACAGCGAGAAGUUUGAAAGGUUCCGGAAGUGUUGUGAACAAGCCUACAUGAUUCUGAGGAAGCACUGCCCGCUCUUCAUUAACCUCUUUGCACUGAUGCAGGCAGCUGGACUACCAGAGCUCAGCUGCUCUAAAGAUAUCCAGUAUCUCAAGGAUUCGUUAGCAUUAGGAAAAACGGAAGAUGAGGCGCUCAAACACUUCAAAAUGAAAUUCGACGAGGCACUGCGAGAAAGCUGGAAAACCAAAGUGAAUUGGAUGGCUCACAAUGUAGCCAAAGACAAUCGGUCAUAGCUGAACCCUUCCCUCUCAAGCCUUUAGCCGAUGGAACAAAAGUAUGAGGUGGCUAAAGUGACUGAUAACAACCUGUCAGCAUACUGUAGCUACAAAGGAGCCCCUAAGUGAUUGCCAAGCUUUCUCAACAUUACAUGACUGUUAAAUGAUGUUUACAUGUGCAGUGUAAUUACUUGCACUGUCUGCAACCACUUCCCUUCGAUUCCAGGGUCUUGGCUACAGAACUGGCACUGAAUAUGCAUUUUAAUUACACAGGUCCAUGGGCCUCCUGCCCUCUCUCUCUCUCUCUAUUGGCCUGCUGCACUCUCAAACACGUCCUGUAAUUGUCUCAGAUUUAGUCUUUCCGUUUAGCUGUUCAGCAAGACUGUGGUGUGGCCGUGAUCUCGGAACAGGGAGAAGUGCAAGUAUAAGCUCAAGCAGGUCUUUGUUCAAUGCCGAUGCUAUCUUUCCCUGUGACAGCAACAAGUCAGCUCUCAACCAGGCUUCUCCCGGGCAACAAAGGGGCUGUCAUGCCCAUCUGAACACCAAGCACCAAUGUCUUCCUGUGCCCGGUCCUGGCUCUCUUUGGACUGAGGCUAAGUAUCUGUGCCCUCGCUCCCCACCUCCCUGGCCCUGAUACAAGGCACUCUGCUUCUGUGAAGCACCCCAAAAAGCCCACGUCACCUUGAACAUUGAAACUUCAAUCAAAGAAGCAUCUGAACAGUUCAGAACUGUUUGCUGGACCAGUCCUGGUCCUGAUGGGCCAUCGAGUUGCCUAGUGAUGGAAGGAACAAAGCAUCUGGUGCAUUAUUCCUGAUCUUCGAUGAAGAGUUGACUAUUAUGACCCCCAUGUGAACUUUGAAUCCAGAGUGACGGUGAACGAGAGGGGAGCUGACCAAGAGGGCUUGUUUUAUCCAAAAUAAGCCACACCUGCUUCCUGAAUCAUUUUUAUCACAAAAAAAGGAAAAUAUGGUUAUAUUUAUAAGCGAUUCAUAUGACUGAAAGGUACUAAUUUAAUGCAUUGUAUUGUUGAUGGGUACUGAAUCAUUUGUAGUGUAGAUAAGUGGCCUCCUGUUUCUGGCCAUUUACCAGAGAGCGGUACUGUAACGCACAAAGGGGAGGAUGGAGGGAGGGACAAUUUCUUUUUCACUUCUGCGAAGGCACGUUUAACAGCAGGCCCCAUCAGUAACACCAUUUCAGGGCAGCUGCUGAUGAAGUCCUGUCAGUACAAAGUCUUUCCAAGGUUUGAAAACAGUAAUUGCUUCAGAAGGGGAGGGGGUGGGCGGGGGAAGGGAAUGGGCAGGGAUUUUACAGGAAGUGGCCAGGGCGUGGGGAUUGUGGGAUGGGUUGGGGAAGGAGUCACAUUCACAAUUUCAGCUACUUUGAUGAGCAUCAGAGAUUGUGUUGAAGAGACAAUGAGAAACGGAAGGUCACCAGGUCCCUAAUGGAUAUUGGUGAGGGACCAAUGCAAGAUGACUUUUUCCAAUGUCUAUCGCCGAGGAGUUUUGGGAUACUUUUCCAAAGAUCAAACAAAAACCACUCUGGAUAUGGAAUACUUUGAUUCCAGAUUUAGCCUCGGCUGUAUCUUCCACCAAAGUAGCCUUGUGUUGGUCUCUUAUUUGUUUAGAUGCAAGGAUAGGCUAAUUGCACCUUGAUAAAGUUAAAUGUGCCUUUAUUUGGCUUCUUAUGCAAACUUAUUUGUGUAAAUUAAGCUUAUUUAAUAUUUGCAUAUUUAAAAAUAAGUGAAUUUUUUUUGAUUUUCUGGCACAUGUUGUGCAGCACAGAAUCUUGAGCAAUUGCUCUUAAAGGAUUAUGUUUACAAAAUUAAUACCCUGGGAUGUCUGAAAUGCUUUGUAUAGACUAACUUUGUUCGGAUUUUCUUUCCUGAUUUUAAAAAAAACUUUAGAAUCUGGCACAUUUGUGAAACAAUGUCAAUGUUGCGUGUCCAGCUGAUAUAUACUCCCAGAGAUAAGUAGCCAAGACAUAAUAAAGUCACUAUAGUCUUACCAAA